AUGACAUUUAUGUCGCGUCUUGUCAGUACAUGUUCAAGCGCUGUUUGUACAAAAAUCCAAAGUCGUGGUUAUUGUAGUUGAAUCAAUAAAAAAAAAUAUUUUUGUGAUAUCAUUAACGAUAAAAGUGCAUAAUACUUUAAUGUAGACUGUAUAUGGUGUAUAUUGGCUAUUUUGUGAAGAAAUUUGGAACAAAAAGUGCAGAGUUAUUCUAACCUCAAAUUCCCAGAAUGGAGCUUCCAAAUUGGCAAAGAUCUAAUUCUAUAAAUCCUGCUGUUGUUGGUAAGAUUAUGGAGUAUUCUCAGGACAGGGAAACAUUUCUGAAAGAGUUUGAGGAUUGCCAGGCAAUAACGAUUGAAGCAUAUAGCUUAAUCCUGGAAUGGUAUGCAAAAGCAGGAGUAGAGCUUCCUCCGGAAGAGUGUAAUCUUCUCUAUGAUUCUUCAAUGUUCUGGGGAAACCUAGAGAAGCAGUAUCAGGAAAUAGGAGCUGAAGGUCGAUAUCAUGUCCUUAAGAUCUUAAAGAUAUGUACUGUGAUUAAUCCAGGCCGAAUCCUAAACCUCAAGUUUGAAUUGGAGGAAUUAAGAGUGCAUGCAUUUGAGAUGGUAGUUCAGGGAAGUCUUUUGCGAAAAUCGGAAGAGGAUAUUUCUUGGUUGAUAGAGUACAUAACAUCUAGCAAAAUUAUUGAUGUUUUGAUGGAGAAUGAUAACGAAAAUCUACGUAUUUCUAUCUUACGGAAUCUCUGUCUUAUACUUGAGGUAGUUCCUCAGGAUAAUCCUGUGAUGGAAAAAAUUAGGAAGUAUUUAAUUUCCACUCAGGAUAGUUGUAUCCUGGAAAUUUUAUUGUUUCUCCUGAAGCCACUGCUAAGGACAUCAAUGGAAGAUGUUCAGAAACUCAUUCCUGAAGUUAUUUACCGAGGCUGUGAAUCAAAAGAUGAAUCUGUGAAGAAGAAAGCACUUUUUUCACUAAAAAACUAUAUUGACUUUUUGCAAAAUAGUUCAGGUGGAAAGGAAGAGGAGGUUUUAGGUUUUAGAUACCUCAUUACAAUUCUCAGUUCAGUCGAACAAAAUCAGAGUCAUUUGAUCUGUCCGGCAAUCAAGAUGCUACCUCGAACUGAAGGAGUUCCGGGAAAGUGGCAGAAGCUACUCCUUCGUAGUUGCCUAGGGACUCAGAACAAGUUGAUUCUUAAGCCUGUUCUUGAGUAUCUGAUCUUGAGAGAAGAUUUCAAUUUGAUCAUUGAUGAUCUACUUCCAAAUGCGUUUUUAGCGCUAAAUCAAAAUACUAUUCACCGGGAAGAAUCAGAAAUUUGUGAGAAGUUUUCUAGGAAAGCUUUUAGGUGGAAUUGGAGAGCAAGCCUAAAGAAAGUUGCUGAAAUUUCCUGGCUGGCUUUUCCUCUAUAUUCUAUCCUUACGUAUAUCCCGAAAGAGGAGGAAUAUUUGGAAGAUUUAGAUCUAGUUGAUGGAGGAUUAAUCUUCAGGAAAAUUGUAGGGAAUAUCUACAGCCUUCAGAUGGAUCACUUGACCAAGAGAACCAUUAUAUUGCUUUUGCUGAAAUUCGUUAAAAAGGUAGAGAAAUCCCUAAAAGACGAGGAUAAAGUGAUUAUCCUGAAAAGAAUUAUAGAAGGUUCCCCGAAGGACGAAGAGUUCCUCAAAACUUGUCAGGAUGCAAUUAAUUGCAAAAUUUUAUCAGAAGCCCCUCGAGAUCUUAUCAAAGAGUUUAAUGGAAAUAUCCUUGAAAUACUUAAUCAUGCUAAUGACUUCGAGGAAAGAGAUUUGGUGAAGUUAGCUGAACUGGUUGAUAAGAAAAAUUGUGAAAUCAAUGAAGAAAAGACCGCUGAAUUGUUUGAAAAAUUCCAAGGGUGUUCCUUCAAAAAGAAAUUUGUUACGCUUCUGAUUCUCAAGUCAGGAGCGAAAUAUCCCAGUUCUGACAUGUGGAAGGACUUCAUCAAUAGCAAUUUUUCAAGAAAUGAGUUUGAACCCUGUUCAAGAGCACUCAAGUUGCUCUACGAAAAGGUCCUUUUUGAAUUAGUCUUCCAAGUAAUUCAAAAAUUUUGGAACGUUCCCGAUGCUACCCAACCUCUUGAUUCUGACGUCAUCCUUGAGAUUAUUGGAAGAAGGCUCGAAUGUGGAGAAGAUUUCUGCAAUACCAUGUUCCUGUUCAAGUUUCUGUACUUCUUCAAUAUUUCGCAGAAGCAGAAAGUAAUUGUUAAACGCCUCCUUGAUUUGUCCUACAAAGAAAUGAUGGCCUACAGAGGAAAAUCUCAAUUUUCACUGUACUGCAGUUCCUUCAUUGAAUGCUUCCCAACAAAAGAUAUUCCAAUAUCGAUAACGAUAGAAAAACUCCUGCAGGAUAUUUCGUUAAAUUCACCGGAAAUAACUAAGGCAAUUGCAGAGAAACUUCCAUUCUUGAAUCUUGAACUUUUGGCCAAUCUUCUGUCUUCGCGAGAAGGUGUCGACGCUUCUUUUCUCACGAAGAAUUCACCCUUGAGAGAUCUUCAGUUUGAAAUAGUCGAUUUUGUAGUGAAUUCUAAGAAGUACAAACCCGUUCUCGAAGAACUUCUGAAGAAGUACGAUGCCCUGUCAAAGACAAAAGCGAUGUACUAUCCAAAUUCCCAUUAUCACUUAACAAAAUUGAGAAUUAUCCAAGGGAUUGCAGCAAUUGUCCAUCAUACAAAUAUCUGGCGUCCGGAAUAUCUUGAAUUCCUGCUGAAUGAAGCCAAUCAACCGAGUAUCCUUUACAUUUUGGAACUCAUUGUGGCUCAGACAAUCCCAGACGAAACUAUCUCUCACCUCACGGAGAUGCUAAAAUCAGCAAAACAUCUCAAAAUGCACUCAGCUCAGUCAAUUUUCUGCAUCCUAUACCUCCUGUGCAGGAAGAAAAACUCCCCGGACUUCUGCAGAACAUGCUUCAAUGCCAUUUAUCCAUGGACAAUGGGUCAGAAUUUCUCAUGUCGUCUCUAUGCUCAAAUUGCCAUCUUAAAAAUUCACAAACUCCUCUCCGACACUCAAUCCCAACCACAAGAGAAAUACAUCACCAAAUCCCUCCUGUUCUCAUUCUAUGAAUUGAGUGGUAAUCCUGAAAAGAACAUGGAACGACUCAAAAGCGAUUUCCGUUUCAACUUUCUCAAUGAAAACUACCUCCUAAGUCCAACGUACAUCUUCAGAGAUAUUCCGCGAAUAACCGGAGUUGCAGAGACUGAAAUUGUCUCAUACUGCAAUGGUGAGGAGGAUUUGAAAACCAUUGUACAUCCAUGGCAGCAAAAGCAAGCUCCAGGAGUGACUUCGGUACAGGAAACCUACGAAAAUAUCCAGACAAAAAUAGUUCCACCAGAAGAAUUUGGGCAUGAAGAUGAGAGGAAGUCAUCUGGAUUGAUUGUGUGUGCCUCUCUAGUGGAUAACCAUCCCAAUCUCGGUGGACUGGCCAGAACGUGUGAAAUCUUUGGAGUUCAGAAAUUCAUACUCAAUUCAUUGCGUGAUGUUGAGAAUUCACAAUUUCUCGCCCUAAGUAUGUCCGCUGAAAAGUGGCUGAUGCUUGAAGAAGUGAAAAAGUGGCAAUUGAUUGAUUUCUGUGCUGAAAUGAAACGACAAGGCUACACAAUUGUUGGUGCUGAGCAGACGUCCAGGAGCAUUAAACUGCCUGAAGUACAAUUUCCUGAGAAAUCCUUGCUUAUUUUGGGACACGAGAAGGAAGGCCUUCCUGCUGAUGUGAUUGCAAAUUUGGACAUUGUAGUGGAAAUACCUCAAAUUGGUCGCCUGCGAUCGCUCAAUGUUCACGUCACUGGAUCCAUUUUUAUCUACGAAUAUGCUAAGCAGCAUCUGAUUUAACCAAAGACAUUUCCUUAAAAG